AUGGCCGAAGGCGUAUUGCCGCCAAAAGAAGGGACGCUGGCGGCGCUGGCGGAGUCGGAGCCCCCCGAGGAGGUGCGAGGCGGUUCUGGCGAGGCGGCGAGGGCGGCGGCGGUCGUUCGGAUCGUCGGGCACGCCCCUUCGGGCGAGACGAAAGGCUCGCAGCCCGGCUCGCCAAGCUGGGGGCGGCAGCACGUCGUUUACGAGAUGCGAGUGGAGGGCGUGCCCGCCGUGGCGCCCGCCGACGGCGCUGCAGCAGGCGGCGGCGGCGCGGCAGAAUGCAGCGGCCACCCAGAGGCGGUGGCGUGGGAGGUGUCGAGGCGCUUCUCGCAGUUCGUGCGUCUGCACGACGAGCUGCUCUGCAGUCACGCGCCCGAAGUGCGCGCGAGCGGGUGCAGGCGUCCCGCCAAGUUCCGCCUCCCGACACUUCUCCCGACGGCCGCCGAUCUCGCGGCGGAGGGAGCCGACCGGAUGGGGCCGCUGCAGGCGUACCUCGACUGCGUGAUGGCGAGCGAGGCGCUCCGUGCGGCGCCCGCGACACGGCGCUUCCUCGGGGCCGAUUAG